AUGGCGGUUGUUUUCACUGUUUGGAUAUUCGUGCUACUGAUGACGCAGUCGUACUGUGAAGGAAGCGAAUUGGAAAUUCUCAUGCCUAAUGUUUCUCCACAAGAGGAUGGUGCUUAUUUAUGCACAGCUUUAAAUGUGACACAGAACUCAGAUCUUUAUAUCAGUAUGAAUUGUGGGAACAUGGGUCUCGGUGUGUGUGGACCAGACUCACCAGAAUUUAUAUUGUAUGCAUGGGGUGCAAAUAGCCCGGAAUUGUCUCUACCAGCAAGUUUAGGUUUCAAAGUUGGUGGUAAUUCUGGAAUCAAUUAUCUAGUACUUCAAGUACAUUACGGUCUAGUGGAUAGGUAUCUAGAUGAAGCAUUAAAAGACACAUCGGGUUUAACAUUGAAGAUGACAAUUAAAAAGCCGACGUAUUUGGCAGGCGUGUCUUUAUUGUCGGGUGGGAGUUCUGCAAUUCCCCCACGCAUGAGGAAAUGGCAUAUAGAUGCAGACUGUUUAUACAAUGGACAAGCUGUUUUGCAUCCGUUUGCCUUCAGAGUGCAUACAAACAAUCUAGGUACGGUUGUCUCUGGAUAUCGUGUGCGAAAUGGUGUAUUUACUUUAAUAGGAAAAGAAGACCCACAGAAACCCCAGGCGUUCUAUCCUGUAGUUAAUAACGUAGAUAUACGUCAAGGUGAUAUGUUGGCACUUAGGUGUACAUAUAAUACUAUGACGGAGGAUACUGUAACUUAUAUAGGUGCCACAUUGGAAGACGAGAUGUGUAAUUUUUACAUAAUGUACUAUGUCAAUGACCAAACUGAACUGAGCGGGAAAUGUGACAAUGUGGAUUCCAACUCACUUAACUUCCCUGUUGAUGUGUGA